AUGGGUUAUCAAUCUGUAGAAGAAUCUCUCUUCGCUCAACCAUUAGAUGUUUCUCCAAUAAACGGCCAAAUUCCGGUCACGGCUCACCAGGCACCACCACUCAGCACUCUUGUCCACUCGCCACAUCCCUCUCAGCUCCUGUCCUCUUCGCACUUACAGCCACGCAAACGCACCUCGGCAAAGAAACCGUACUCGACCCAGAACCGCAUAUCACUCAGAACUUUGGAGACUCUCACUCCUCCGGCCACACCCACACACAACACAUCUUUAACAGUCGAAUGCCAAGUACGCGCUCGUAUUCCUACUCCCACUGGUGAAUUCUUUCUGCAUUUGUACAAAAAUAACAGAGACUCUAAAGAACAUUUGGCCAUUGUGUUUGGUGAUGAUAUUAGGAGUAAGUCAUUAGAUGCUCCACGCCCAAGAGAAAGCGAAAUGGAUAGAAUAGCGAGAGGAGCAUACGUUGGAAGAUUAAGACCUGGUCAGAAAAGAUCGAAUGAAUAUAGUGGGAAUAACAAUAUAGAGAAAGGAAAUGUGAAUAAUGUAUUGAAUGGGAGUGCAUUAAAUACAACUAAUGAUACAAACACUGAGACUGUAUUGAAUACGAGUACAUUGAAUACAGCUAAUAAAAUCACGACUCCAAUUACAAAUACAAGCUCUUUACAGUUACGCUCACCUCCGCUAGUGAGAAUUCACUCCGAAUGCUUCACCGGCGAGACAGUCAACAGCGCACGUUGUGACUGUGGAGAACAACUGCAUGAAGCAAUGAGAUUGAUUCAGCAAGAAGGACGUGGAGUCGUUGUGUAUUUGCGUCAGGAGGGUAGAGGCAUUGGGUUGGCCGAGAAGUUGAG